UGGACUUUUAUUACUGUGCAUGACGACGGGGCUAAUAUCGCAAACUUCUCUUGUUCAUGCUAUUGACGUUGCUUUCCGUCAGGCGCGUAGUCCUCAGUAGCCUGGGGCCAGAACAUGAACUCGCUGGGUCCGCAACAUGUCAGGGCUAACCUCGCUUCGUUGUGCACUUAAACGGUUUUACUCUGCUCAAGCAGUUCAAGAGGUCUACACCCUCACCGGUACCGGAGUCUGCUCGCUGUGCUGGGAACUAGUGGGUCGCUAUCAGACCGGAACCGCGCUGGCACCGGAACCCGAGCGAGCACUGUCCCGAUGGAACCCUCUUCCACGGCGCCACAAUGCUGACUUACAUAAGUCGAGGACCAUGACUACUCGCUGGUGGCUGCAGCUAAGCUUGCCCGGCGCAUGAAGUGCGGAUGGUCCCAGCCUGAGUCAAAUCGUUGACAAAAGAACAGAAUGGCACUCGCAGUUUGUGUCGGGUCGUUAGUCAACUCCUCAAGACUCAACGGUCGUAAGGGCUGCUGUGCACGCCUCGAAGAAAAAGUAUAUCAACGCUUGUUCAUCCUCCCGUUCCUGAAGGAUUGGGGCGGCCUGAGGACCCGGUGCUGUAGUUCCUGCACAAGCGAAGCUCGUCGACCCGAAUCCGCCUAUAACCACCCCAGCGGCGAUUGGGAUCCUGAGGUGCAACGCAGCUCCUCUUGAAUGCAUAUAUGGCACGUGUAGGCGUGAGGUUGGAUCUCGGGCAUGCUACGUUCGUGUUGCCAACAUUCAGCAUAUGUACGACAUCCGGUG